AUGAGAAGGGUCGGUGGGCGGGGCGAAGAGCGAGGAGGGAGGAGGCGGCGGGGGGCAGCCGCCGCCGCCGCCAUCUUGUCGCGGAGGAGCCGAGCGGAGCGGGCGGGACCCGGCGGCGGGGCCUGGACAGCAUCAUUGAUGUCCAGCUCCCCGCUGUCGAAGAAGCGCCGCAUCUCUGGGUCUGAGCCACCGACGGGCUCCAGCCGUGCCCCUGUCCCCAGCGUGUCCCCCAGCGCCACCCCCACCAACGGCAUGGCGAAGAACGGGGGCGAAGCUGAGAUCGAUGAGGGGCUCUACUCCCGCCAGCUGUACGUGCUGGGCCACGAGGCCAUGAAGCGGAUGCAAACGUCCAACGUCCUGGUCUCGGGGCUCAGGGGCCUCGGGGUGGAAGUGGCCAAAAACCUGGUGCUGGGGGGGGUCAAAUCCGUCACCCUCCACGACCCCCACCCCGCUGCAUGGGCUGACCUGGCCUCCCAGUUCUACCUGCGGGAGGAGGACGUGGGGCAGAACCGGGCGGAGGCGACGCUGCCCCGUUUGGCGGAGCUCAACUCCUACGUGGCCGUGAGCAGCACCCAGGAGCCCCUCAGCCAGGAGCUGCUCGCACCCUUCCAGGUGGUGGUUUUGACCAACUCGGCGCUGGAGGAGCAGCUCUGGGUCGGGGACUUCUGCCACAGCCACGGCAUCAAGCUGGUGGUGGCCGAUACCCGCGGGCUCUUUGGCCAGCUCUUCUGUGACUUUGGGGACGACAUGGUGGUGACAGACACCAACGGGGAGCAGCCCCUCAGCGCCAUGGUUUCCAUGGUGACUAAGGGCUGCCCGGGGGAGGUGACGUGUCUGGAUGAGGCUCGACACGGCUUCGAGACGGGCGACUUCGUCACCUUCACCGAGGUGGAGGGGAUGGAGCAGCUCAACUCCUGCGGGCCCGUCGAGAUCCGCGUCCUCGGACCCUACACCUUCAGCAUCGGGGACACGAGUGACUUCGGGGACUACGUGAGGGGGGGGAUCGUCACCCAGGUCAAGAUGCCCAAACACAUCCGCUUCAAGCGGCUGCGGGAGUCGCUGGUGGAGCCGGAGCUGAUGGUCACGGACUUCGCCAAGGCCGAGAGGCCGCUGGUCCUGCACUGGGGCUGGCAGGGCCUGCACCGCUUCAUGGCCCAGCGCCGGCACGCGCCGCGGCCCCGCCACCAGGUCAGCGCCGGCGCGCGGGGGGGGACCUGGCGGGUCACUGGGGCCUGGUGGGACCUUGAAGAUGUCGUUGGGAUGUGGUGGGAUGUUGGAGGUGGUGGGACAUGGGAUGUCUUGGCCAUAAAGAGUUUUUAGGACAGAGUGAAGGAAUAGAGACGUUGCGACACAGUGAGUCAUGGUGC